UCACUCCUUUGUCCCUUUUUUAUUUUUAAACAGAGGGGUUCAGACAUUUUUCGUAGCUGUUGCUCUAUAUCGAGUGUGAGCGUGCGACAGCCAUGGCCGAGUUACACAACAGAAAAGCCGGGAAGGCUGACGAAAAAGACACCACUCCUACCUUGAAAGAGCUCAAGGAUGCAAUCCCCAAGGAGUGCUUCGAAUCCUCGACCGUAACAUCCCUCUUGUACCUGGCUCGUGAUGUCCUGUAUUGCAUCAUUCUGACAGUCGCCGCCUUCCAAAUCCACCUAAUCCCCUCAUUACCGCUUCGUGCCCUCGCCUGGAUCACUUAUGGCUUCUUCCAGGGCUGCGUCGGUACUGGACUAUGGAUUCUCGCACACGAAUGCGGUCACGGAGCCUUCUCUCCUAACCAGAAACUGAAUGACUUCGUUGGAUGGGCUGCGCAUUCCUUCCUAAUGGUGCCCUACUUCUCCUGGAAGAUCACCCACGCACGCCACCACCGCUACACCGGCCACAUGGAGAAGGAUACCGUGUACGUGCCGUGGACAGAGGAGGACCUAGCCAAGAAGAAGAACAUGCGUAUUGAAAAAAUUAAGCAUCUCGCGGAGGAGACUCCGAUUGUGUCUUUUGUGCAGCUGAUCGGCCAGCAGCUGUUCGGAUGGCAAAUCUAUCUGCUCCUGAAUGCCACCGCCGGCUCGAAGAGCUUGCCCGAUGGAGCAGGAAAAUUUGGACCUGCCAACCAUUUCAAUCCUCUUGGUCCCCUCUUUACGGGCUCGCAACGGAUCUCGAUUGCGCUGUCUGAUCUGGGACUGUUGAUCAUGGCCUCCAUUCUGUACUAUGCGUCCACUCAGAUUGGCGUGUGGAACGUCGUUCUGCUGUACUUUAUUCCUUACCUCUGGGUUCACCACUGGCUGAUCGCUAUUACCUACCUACAACACACUCACCCCGAACUCCCGCAUUAUACCGCCGAAGCCUGGACUUACACUAAGGGCGCUCUAGCUACCGUCGACCGUACAAUUGGCUUCAUCGGUCGCCAUUUCUUCCACGAAAUUAUCGACUACCACGUUGUCCACCAUCUAUUCAGCCGCAUUCCUUUCUACAAGGCCGAAGAAGCAACCUGGGCCAUCCAGCCUCUGCUGGGUGAGAAAUAUGUCGAGCAGAAGGAUGAGAGCUUCCUGUACUCACUGAUGAUGACCUUCCGGAAGUGCAUAUACGUGUCGGCGAGCUCUCAGCCCGGCGUUUUGCAUUUUGUUAGGGCUGAGGAAAGCCAAUAAAAGGCUUAAGGGUCCCUGGAGGGCUCUAUUACUUACAAGGAGUGAAGCCCUGACAGCGGGAGAAAAUGAAUUGAUUUAGAAUAUUGAGGUGUAACAUAAUCCACGGCCGAGCCGGCAGUUUUCAUGCAUCCUCGAGAAACCUAAAGCUUUUCAACCAUAAAACCAGACCCGAUUGACCUAACUCUUCAAGACGUAUAAAGCUAUUUACUAGGUAAAUCCCUUAUAGUUUGUCCAACUAUCCCACAGCCACUGCAGCGUUGCGAAGCUCGACGUCGAGGCAAAAGUGGAGGUUCC